GACCGCCGUGGGUAGCGGGCGGGGGGGUGCAAUGGCGCAACCAUUGGAUGCAGGCCGCCAAUCUGUUUGCAGAAGCCUUGUACGUAACCCAAACACAGAUAGUGACGCUAGGAGCUGCACAUGACGACUAUAUGAUUUGGUUUGCCGGCGAACCUGAGGUAAGCUCGUUUAGGACUGUCCCUGACCGACUGCGAUAG